AAGUGGAGUGUAUCUCUCUCUCUCAUCUCUCUGACCGAUGGUGCUGACUUCAGCAUGGCACCCAGAUGGUUCGUCAUCCUCACUCUUCUCCAGUGUGCUUUAUGUUUCUGUUUCAGUCACCGGCAGUACAGAGCUCUCUUUCCUGCUGUGCACAGAGCGAGGAGAGGGACCGCAGCAAUGGUGAAUCCUGUCUUUCAGAAGUCCAUCAAAGAUGUUGAUCUAUUCUAUGAGAUCUUAGACGCAGGGCUUGAUUUUCCUGACGAGCAUGUCUCUUUCCAUAUCCAUGACGAGGAGCUGGCGUCCCUGCGACACACACACAUCCUAGAGGUCAUCUGUGAGGACUUCCUGCCAAAGAAGCUGACAGACAUACGCCGCUUGACCUCUGCCCUCUCGCAGCAUGCAGGCAGCGCCACUCUGAGGCGGGAGGACUUUGAGCGCACUCUCCUGACGAUGGUGUACUCUGCCCAACAUGUGGCACAAGCCUCCAGCCACCACCAGAGGGAGCUCUGGGCCGAGUCCUUUGUAGAGCUCUUCAGGGCUAUUAAAAGAGACCUUGCCGCUAAAUGACUACAGACUUGUCGCUUGUAGAGGUCUUCAGGGCCAUUAAAAGACACCUUGCAGCUACAGGUACACAACCUGUGUUUAAUGCCAGGUCACUUGAAUGGGGCACUGGACCCUCUUGAGUGACAAACAUUCAUAGAAUGUGCAUAUAUUUGGCCAUAUGUUUUUUCUUUUUUUGUGACGGACAAAU